AUGCUCCUGAACGUACCAGAGGAGGAAAUACUUGAAUAAAAACCCUCAAAUCUAUAGCAAAUUGAAUUAAAUAAUGAAAAAUAUUUAUCAUCAUAUAUAAACUAUGAUUUUAUUUCAAUGAAUAUGUCUCUAAAAGGAUUAUUCUUUUGUAUUUUAACAAAUUUAUUUACGAUAAUACGAUCAGGAUUAUAAUCCUUGAUUAUAACAAUGUAUGAUGAAAUCUUUUUAAUCUGUAAGAUCGCAUAAUUAUUUUUGUUUGACCUCUUAUCUGACAUCUACAUCUAAGGAAAUUUAGUGAUAGUUGAUUGGAAUUAGGAAUCAAAUUAAUUAUAUGCAAUUUACUAUGAAAAAGUAGUAGGAGGAUAAAUUUGA